GAGGCAGCACCUCCUUCAACACUGGAUCAUUACUCAGACACACUCUUCCUUCAUUACUUGCUCCUUCAUUCUUCAUCCUUAGAUCACCAGCACAGAGACUGAAGUCAUGGGAAACGCACAGAGCGGAGGGAUUCCCAGAGAGAUCCUGGAUGACCUGAAGCUCACCACCAGGUUCUCCGAAUCUGAAAUCACCCAGUGGUACGAGAACUUCCAGAAGCAGUGUCCUACAGGUCGCAUCACGCUGCAGCAGUUCGAGGAGAUCUACGGUAAAUUCUUCCCCGACAGCGAUGCCACCACUUACGCCCAACACGUUUUCCGCUCCUUUGACGCCAAUGACGAUGGAACGUUAGACUUUAAGGAGUACGUUGUGGCUCUUCACAUGACCUCCUCGGGCAAGUCCACCUUGAAGCUGGAGUGGGCCUUCUCACUGUUUGAUGUGGACAAGAACGGUUACGUCACAAAACCUGAAGUGAUUGAACUCAGCCAGGCCAUUUUCAAACUCAUCCCGAAAGAGAAGCAGACGAAUCUUCCCAACGAUGAGAGCACGCCAGAGAAGAGAGCAGAGAAACUCUGGGCCAUCUUUGACAAAAAGGACAACGAACGAGUCGCAGAGGGAGAGUUCAUUGAAGCCAUCCAGUCAAGCGAUGAUGGUCUACGCCUCAUUCAAUAUGAUCAUAAAUGAGCCUACAUAAACAUGAUCAUGCAAACGGCAGUUUUUUUCAUGCUUGAAUGUAUGUGUAUUUGUUGCUUAUUAAAUGUGUUUGUUAAAGGUUCACCAUCUUAAAGGUGCUGUAUGUACGUUUUUGACUCUUCUAAUUCAUAAAAAUACCAUAAUAUGUUUGCAGAUAUGAUAACCACGUGAACAUACUACUUCAUCUGAAAAACAAUGCUAUAGUCAGUUAUUGUCCUUUGACAAUGUGCGUUCUGUGUCUUAAUAUCUGUCUUUGUUUUGGUUUCUGUGUGUAACUCCGCCCACUGUCAGUUUACCCAAUUUUAUUUUGGCACCUCGGGUUGCCAGGUAGGGAAAAAUAUUCUCCAAUAAUUAGAAUUUGAACCACAAUACCUAGUUUAACCACUUGAUGUCAAUACUACAUACUGCACCUUUAAAUUCG